CUCUUUCUGUGUACUCUGUGUCACAUGGGAUUUUCCUGUGCCUAUACCCAUUGGUAUUUUCUUUUAUACCUCUCUACAGUCUCCUUCUUAUCACACCUGUAUUUCACUGUACUUUUCAUACCGUCCUGUGCAACCUUGUGCAAGUGCUCACACAUUCAUUCAAUCUUUCUCUGUCAUAUUCCCUACUAGUCAUGGCUGGUUACAGCUGCCUGGUAACAGGAGCUGGAGGCUUUCUAGGCAAGAAGAUUAUUCACUUGCUGUUGCAGGAGAAGGAAGUGAAGGAGAUCAGAGCCUUAUACAGAGUCUUCACACCAGAAAACAAGCAAAAACUCUCAGAGUUGCAGAUGGAGACCAAAGUGACAGUGUGUGAAGGAGACGUCCGGGAUUCUCAAUUUCUAAGGAGAGCCUGCCAGGGCGUCUCAGUUGUCAUUCACACUGCCAGUGUCAUUGACGUGGUAGGUGCUGUUCCCAGACAGACCAUCUUGGACACCAAUGUAAAAGGUACAGAGCACCUGUUGCAUGCAUGCAUACAAGCUAGUGUGCCAGUCUUCAUCUACACCAGCUCAACAGCAGUAGCUGGGCCCAACUCCUACAAGGAGAUCAUCCAGGAUGCGCAUGAGGGCCAGAAUCAUGAAAGCACGUGGUCUGAUCCAUACCCAUACAGUAAAAAGCUGGCUGAGAAGGCUGUGCUGAAAGCUAAUGGUUCCAUGUUAAGAAAUGGUGGCACCCUGCAUACGUGUGCCUUGAGAUUGCCAUUCAUCUAUGGAGAAGGAAGCCAACUGAUGUCUCGUGUGUUCAAUAGUGCCCUCCAAAACAAUGGGAUUCUGAAAACUAUGGGCAAGUUCUCUCUAGCCAGCACAGUCUAUGUUGACAAUGCAGCCUGGGCCCACAUUCUGGCCACCAGGGCCUUAAAAGACCCCAAAAAUGCUGAAAACAUCAGAGGAAAAUUCUAUUAUAUCACAGAUGAUACUCCUCCGCAAAGCUAUGAUAGUUUCUACUAUGCCAUAAGCAAUGAAUGGGGAUUUUGUGUUGAUUCCAGCCCAAGUAUCCCUUUGUUUCUGCUGUACAGUCUUGCUUUCCUGAUGGAAAUGGUGAGCUUCCUGUUGAAACCAGUUUACAACUAUCAACCCCCCUUUAAUCGCUUUGUACUGACAAUCACACAAAGCGUGUUCACAGUCAGCUGUAAGAAAGCUCAGCAAGACCUAGGAUAUAAGCCACUCUUCAGCUGGGAGGAAGCCAGGCAAAAAACUGCUCAGUGGAUUGGUUCAUUAGUGCAGCAAUACAGGGGGACUUUGAAGAGCAAGACACAGUGAUGUGGUCCAUAAUAGGAAUGGGGAUCUGGGUGAUGCCUGCAGGUACCUAUCUACUUCCUCUUUCUGGAUUCCUCCAAAUAGAGACAAAGUUACAUGCACAGGUCCCUCAACCAUCCUCAGACACAAUGACAACUUACUGUCCUCCUGAGGCCACCAUAUGCCUAUUGGUUUCAUUUCCCCUUGAUAAUCAUAAAGUGCUGCUUUUCUUUGUAAAAGUUACAGUACUUCAUGAAGCAGAGUGAAAAAUGAAAUAAAUCU